AUGAGAAUAUGGGCUGAUGAGCCCCCUAACGAGAAGUUGGAUAGAGAUGAUGAGCCACCAGCAGACUCAGUGGAAACUAUUGCAGAAUGGGCUGAUGAGCCCUCUAGUGAGAAGUUGGAUAGAGGUGAUGAGACACCAGCAGACUCAGUAGAAACUAUUGCAGAAUGGGCUGAUGAGCCCUCUAACGAGAAGUUGGAUAGAGAUGAUGAGCCACCAGCAGACUCAGUAGAAACUAUUGCAGAAUGGGCUGAUGAGCCCUCUAGUGAGAAGUUGGAUAGAGAUGAUGAGCCACCAGCAGACUCAGUAGAAACUAUUGCAGAAUGGGCUGAUGAGCCCCCUAACGAGAAGUUGGAUAGAGAUGAUGAGCCACCAGCAGUCUCAGUAGAAACUAUUGCAGAAUGGGCUGUUGAGCCCUCUAGUGAGAAGUUGGAUAGAGAUGAUGAGCCACCGGCAGACUCAGUAGAAACGAUUGCAGAAUGGGCUGUUGAGCCCCCUAACGAGAAGUUGGAUAGAGAUGAUGAGCCACCAGCAGACUCAGUAGAAACUAUUGCAGAAUGGGCUGAUGAGCCCUCUAAAUGGGCUGAUGAGCCCUCUAACGGGAAGUUUUAUAGAGAUGAUGAGCCACCAGCAGACUCAGAAGAAACUAUUGCAGAUUGGGCUGAUGAGCCCUCUAGUGAGAAGUUGGAUAGAGAUGAUGAGCCACCAGCAGACUCAGUAGAAACUAUUGCAGAAUGGGCUGAUGAGCCCCCUAACGAGAAGUUAGAUAGAGAUGAUGAGCCACCAGCAGACUCAGUAGAAACUAUUGCAGAAUGGGCUGAUGAGCCCUCUAGUGAGAAGUUGGAUAGAGAUGUUGAGCCACCAGCAGACUCAGUAGAAACUAUUGCAGAAUGGGCUGAUGAGCCCUCUAACGAGAAGUUGGAUAGAGAUGAUGAGCCACCAGCAGACUCAGUAGAAACUAUUGCAGAAUGGGCUGAUGAGCCCUCUAACAAGAAGUUGGAUAGAGAUGGUGAUCCACCAGCAGACUCAGUAGAAACUAUUGCAGAAUGGGCUGAUGAGCCCCCUAACGAGAAGUUGGAUAGAGAUGAUGAGCCACCAGCAGACUCAGUAGAAACUAUUGCAGAAUGGGCUGAUGAGCGCUCUAAUGAGGAAUGUUUGGAAGCCACCUCUACCUUUGCAGCAUAUUGUCGUUUUAGAGCUUCUCUUAGUUGUGGCCUUAUGAAACUAACGCCCUUAAAAACAGGACCAUUUCCGAUCGAAACAGCCUUUAUCGUUACAGGCCCACCGAAGAAGAGGGCCUUUACUCAACGGAAGGUGUGUCCUAUUAAGGCGGCCGUCAUAGUCACAGGCCCUCCAAAGAUAAGAGCAUUUACUCCAAAGAAGGUCUGUCCCAUUAAAACGUCCUUUUGUGUUACUGAACCACCGAAGAAGAAGGCAUUCACUUGUAAAUUUUUUGUACCAAGUAAAACUUAA